CUGUUUCGACUUUCAUUUACGUGUCGUAGUUCGUAAUAAUGAGUAAGUUGUACGGUAUUUUGCUCUUCCUACUGGUGGCUGAUUAUGCCUCGUCGGUAUUAACAAACACGUAUAUAUUCGAAUUCGGACAAAAUAUAGGGACCUUGUUGACCCGGUUCGAUGGUACCAUUCCUUUUUUGCAGUAUUCCACCGAAGUAGACCUCGAUGUACCAUCAGAAGACUCAGUGGAGUACGUGAAAGUAAUUGUCCACGCCGUUUCACCACCGAAGGUAGACUAUAAUUCAGAGAAACGUCAAGUAACUAUUGCGUAUGCUUGGUCUCAAGUUUCCUAUUCGACUUAUACUAUAAUUGUCAAAGGCUAUAUACAAUGACUAAUUAAAAAAACAUUUUCUCAGCAUUAGCUUCUUACUUGUGGUGUGUGGUUUAUUGUAAAACUUGCAAUGUGUUCAUGUUAAAUAAAACACUUUGGUAUUUUUGAAAA